AUGCGCUUGUGCAGCCGUGGAGCGCAGAUGCUCAUCACCACGGCCGGAGCCUUCACCGCCUUCAGCCUCAUGACCAUCGCUGUCGGGACGGAUUAUUGGCUCUACGAGCCGGGCGUGUGCCGGACCGACAGUACGGGUGACAACGACACCAGCCACAAAAACGAGGAGGUGCUGACACAUUCGGGCCUCUGGCGCCAGUGUUGCAUGGAAGGUUUGCUGAUCGGGGUCUGUAAGAGCAUCGACCAUCUCCCAGAAGAUGCUGAAUAUGAACAGGAUGCAGCGGAAUACCUGCUCCGGGCAGUACGUGCCUCGAGUCUCUUCCCCAUCAUGAGUGUCGGGCUGCUGUUCAUCGGUGGAAUGUGCGUGGCCGCCAGCGAAUUCUACAAGAACCGCCACAACGUCAUCCUGAGCGCCGGCAUUUUCUUCGUCUCAGCGGGGCUGAGCAACAUCAUCGGUAUCAUCGUGUACAUCUCCGCCAACUCCGGUGACCCAAACCAGAGCGAGUCCAAGCGGAGUCACUGGUACGGCUGGAGCUUCUACUGUGGUGCGUUCUCCUUCGUCAUCGCAGAGACCGUGGGCGCGCUCACUGUGCACCUCUUCAUAGACGCGCACCGCGGCCCCCGCCACAGACGCACGGCCCGGCCCCCUGCCCACUCUUCGCUCCAGCAGCGCCGCUCCUCUAGCUACCGCUCACGUUACCGCACCCGUGUGAAUACCCCACCCCGUGCCCCAGCCCACCGCGGGAACGAGUUUGCACUGUACUCGCUGGGGGCAGAUCAAGGGUACGCACAGGCCUCGCCGGCCACGUUCAUGCACGCUCACAGUCCCGUCGUCAGGCACGCGCAGAUGCUACAGACCUCGCUGAGAGUGGAGAACGGCGGCGUCUCGCAUGCCCAGGUCUCGGAGAAACGCUUCGGCCUGGUCAGAGCUCCCGUGGUGAAGGUAGGCGAUGGGAACUCCAUCAAUAACUGCACGGUCAUGGCGAGCUCAGUGACCGCCACUAGGAGAACAACACCAGUGUAAU